UCCGAACACUUGCCUCGGAUUGACUUUAAUAUAUAAUUGCUCCAGUGAAUAACUAAAAAAAAAGAAGGGUGGUAGUAUAGUAAAGAAAAGAACUAAUCACAAUAUCUAUCUUUCAAAAUCUAUCUUUCAAAAUCUAUCUUUCAAAGAUUCACUAAAAAAAAAGACAGUUGGCGGGUCUCUUUGUAUGUCUUGUCCGGAAAGAGGAGGAGUUAAUGAUUAUUCGUUCGCCGGAACCAGAAGUAAAAAUUGUUGUGGAUAGGGAUCCUGUAAAAACAUCUUUUGAGGAAUGGGCGAGACCCGGCCAUUUCUCAAGAACACUAGCUAAGGGCCCUGAUACUACCACUUGGAUCUGGAACCUACAUGCUGAUGCUCACGAUUUCGAUAGUCAUACUGGUGAUUUGGAGGAGAUUUCUAGAAAAGUUUUUAGUGCUCAUUUCGGGCAACUUUCCAUUAUCUUUCUUUGGUUGAGUGGCAUGUACUUUCAUGGUGCCCGUUUUUCCAAUUAUGAAGCAUGGCUAAGUGAUCCUACUCACAUUGGACCCAGUGCUCAGGUAGUUUGGCCUAUAGUAGGGCAAGAAAUAUUGAAUGGUGAUGUAGGUGGGGGUUUCCGAGGAAUCCAAAUAACCUCUGGUUUUUUUCAGCUUUGGCGAGCAUCUGGAAUAACUAGUGAAUUACAACUCUAUUGUACUGCAAUUGGUGCAUUGGUUUUUGCAGCGUUAAUGCUUUUUGCUGGUUGGUUCCAUUAUCACAAAGCCGCUCCCAAAUUGGCCUGGUUCCAAGAUGUAGAAUCCAUGUUGAAUCACCACUUAGCGGGAUUAUUAGGACUUGGGUCUCUUUCUUGGGCGGGACACCAAAUUCAUGUAUCUUUACCAAUUAACCAAUUUCUUGACGCUGGGGUGGAUCCUAAAGAGAUACCACUUCCUCAUGAAUUUAUCUUGAAUCGGGACCUUUUGGCUCAACUUUAUCCUAGUUUUGCCGAAGGAGCAACCCCUUUUUUCACUUUAAAUUGGUCCAAAUACGCAGAAUUUCUGACUUUUCGUGGAGGACUAGAUCCAGUAACCGGUGGUCUCUGGCUGACCGAUAUUGCACACCAUCAUUUAGCUAUUGCUAUUCUUUUCCUAAUCGCAGGUCAUAUGUAUAGGACCAACUGGGGUAUUGGCCAUGGACUUAAAGAUAUUUUGGAGGCUCACAAGGGCCCAUUUACAGGACAAGGCCAUAAGGGUCUUUAUGAAAUCUUAACAACGUCAUGGCAUGCUCAAUUAUCUCUUAACCUAGCUAUGCUAGGCUCUACAACCAUUGUUGUAGCUCAUCAUAUGUAUUCUAUGCCUCCCUAUCCAUACCUAGCUACUGACUAUGGUACACAACUUUCCUUGUUCACACACCACAUGUGGAUUGGCGGAUUUCUAAUAGUCGGUGCUGCUGCACAUGCAGCAAUUUUUAUGGUAAGAGACUAUGAUCCAACUACUCGAUACAACGAUCUAUUAGAUCGCGUCCUUAGACACCGCGAUGCAAUCAUAUCCCACCUUAACUGGGUAUGUAUAUUUCUAGGUUUUCACAGUUUUGGCUUGUACAUUCAUAAUGAUACCAUGAGUGCUUUAGGCCGUCCACAAGAUAUGUUUUCGGAUACCGCCAUACAAUUACAACCUAUCUUUGCUCAAUGGGUACAAAAUAUCCAUGCUACUGCGCCUGGCGUAACAGCUCCUGGUGCAACAACAAGUACUAGCUUAACGUGGGGAGGCGGCGAGUUAGUAGCAGUAGGUGGCAAAGUGGCUUUGUUACCGAUUCCAUUAGGAACCGCAGAUUUUUUAGUCCAUCACAUUCAUGCAUUUACCAUACAUGUGACUGUAUUAAUACUUUUGAAAGGUGUUUUAUUUGCUCGGAGUUCCCGUUUGAUACCCGAUAAAGCAAAUCUAGGUUUUCGCUUUCCUUGCGAUGGGCCUGGCCGAGGGGGAACAUGUCAAGUAUCUGCUUGGGAUCAUGUUUUCUUAGGUUUAUUCUGGAUGUACAAUGCAAUUUCGGUAGUCAUUUUCCAUUUCAGUUGGAAAAUGCAGUCGGAUGUUUGGGGUACCAUAAGUGAUCAAGGGGUGGUAACUCAUAUUACAGGGGGAAACUUUGCACAGAGUUCCAUUACGAUUAAUGGGUGGCUUCGAGAUUUCUUGUGGGCACAGGCAUCGCAAGUCAUUCAGUCUUAUGGUUCUUCAUUAUCUGCAUAUGGUCUUUUUUUCUUAGGUGCUCAUUUUGUCUGGGCCUUCAGUUUAAUGUUUUUAUUCAGCGGCCGUGGUUAUUGGCAAGAACUCAUUGAAUCUAUCGUUUGGGCUCAUAACAAAUUAAAAGUUGCUCCUGCUACUCAGCCUAGAGCCUUGAGCAUUAUACAAGGACGUGCUGUAGGAGUAACCCAUUACCUUCUGGGUGGAAUUGCCACGACAUGGGCAUUCUUCUUAGCGAGAAUUAUUGCAGUAGGAUAGUGGCUAGGAGGAUUUGAAAGGCAUUAUGGAAUUAAGAUUUCCCAGGUUUAGCCAAGGCUUAGCUCAGGACCCCACUACUCGUCGUAUUUGGUUUGGUAUUGCUACCGCACAUGAUUUCGAAAGUCAUGAUGAUAUUACUGAAGAACGUCUUUAUCAGAACAUUUUUGCUUCUCACUUUGGGCAAUUAGCAAUAAUCUUUCUAUGGACGUCCGGAAAUCUGUUUCAUGUAGCUUGGCAAGGAAAUUUUGAAUCAUGGAUACAGGAUCCUUUACACGUAAGACCUAUUGCUCAUGCGAUUUGGGAUCCUCAUUUUGGUCAACCCGCUGUGGAAGCCUUUACUCGAGGAGGUGCUGCUGGUCCAGUGAAUAUUGCUUAUUCUGGGGUUUAUCAGUGGUGGUAUACAAUAGGAUUACGCACCAAUGAAGAUCUUUAUACUGGAGCUCUUUUUCUAUUAUUUCUUUCUACGCUGUCCUUAAUAGCGAGUUGGUUACAUCUACAACCCAAAUGGAAACCAAGCCUUUCGUGGUUCAAAAACGCGGAAUCUCGUCUCAAUCAUCAUUUGUCAGGACUUUUCGGGGUAAGUUCUUUGGCUUGGACAGGACAUUUAGUUCAUGUUGCUAUUCCCGCAUCCAGGGGGGAGUACGUUCGAUGGAAUAAUUUCUUAGAUGUAUUACCCUAUCCCCAGGGGUUGGGACCCCUUUUGACGGGUCAGUGGAAUCUUUAUGCCCAAAACCCUGAUUCGAGUAAUCAUUUAUUUGGUACCGCUCAAGGAGCGGGAACUGCCAUUCUAACUCUUCUUGGGGGAUUCCAUCCACAAACACAAAGUUUGUGGCUGACUGAUAUGGCUCACCAUCAUUUAGCUAUUGCAUUUAUUUUUCUCAUUGCCGGUCACAUGUAUCGAACUAACUUCGGAAUUGGGCACAGUAUUAAAGAUCUUUUAGAAGCGCAUACUCCUCCGGGGGGUCGAUUAGGGCGUGGGCAUAAGGGCCUUUAUGACACAAUCAACAAUUCGAUUCAUUUUCAGUUAGGUCUUGCUCUAGCUUCUUUAGGGGUUAUUACUUCCUUAGUAGCUCAACAUAUGUACUCUUUACCUCCUUAUGCAUUCAUAGCACAAGACUUUACUACUCAAGCUGCUUUAUAUACUCAUCACCAAUAUAUUGCGGGGUUCAUCAUGACAGGGGCUUUUGCUCAUGGAGCUAUUUUUUUCAUUAGGGAUUACAAUCCGGAACAGAAUGAGGAUAAUGUAUUGGCAAGAAUGUUAGACCAUAAAGAAGCUAUCAUAUCUCAUUUAAGUUGGGCUAGCCUCUUUCUAGGAUUCCAUACCUUGGGCCUUUAUGUUCAUAACGACGUCAUGCUUGCUUUUGGUACUCCAGAAAAGCAAAUCUUGAUCGAACCUAUAUUUGCCCAAUGGAUACAAUCUGCUCAUGGCAAGACGACAUAUGGGUUCGAUAUACUCUUAUCUUCAACGAAUGGCCCCGCUUUCAAUGCGGGUCGAAGCCUAUGGUUGCCCGGAUGGUUGAAUGCUGUUAAUGAGAAUAGUAAUUCGCUUUUCUUAACAAUAGGACCUGGGGAUUUCUUGGUUCAUCAUGCUAUUGCUCUAGGUUUGCAUACAACUACAUUGAUUUUAGUAAAGGGCGCUUUAGACGCACGCGGUUCCAAAUUAAUGCCGGAUAAAAAGGAUUUUGGGUAUAGUUUUCCUUGUGACGGCCCAGGGCGCGGCGGUACUUGUGAUAUUUCUGCUUGGGACGCAUUUUAUUUGGCAGUUUUCUGGAUGUUAAAUACCAUUGGGUGGGUUACUUUUUAUUGGCAUUGGAAACAUAUCACAUUAUGGCAGGGCAACGUUUCACAAUUUAAUGAAUCCUCCACUUAUUUGAUGGGAUGGUUAAGAGAUUACCUAUGGUUAAACUCUUCACAACUUAUCAAUGGAUAUAAUCCUUUUGGGAUGAAUAGUUUAUCGGUAUGGGCUUGGAUGUUCUUAUUUGGACAUCUUGUUUGGGCUACUGGAUUUAUGUUCUUAAUUUCUUGGCGGGGGUAUUGGCAGGAAUUAAUUGAGACUUUAGCAUGGGCUCAUGAACGCACACCUUUAGCUAAUUUAAUUCGCUGGAGAGAUAAGCCUGUGGCUCUUUCCAUUGUGCAAGCAAGAUUGGUUGGAUUAGCUCACUUUUCCGUGGGUUAUAUAUUCACUUAUGCAGCUUUCUUGAUUGCCUCAACAUCAGGCAAGUUUGGUUAAUUUAGUUUGUUUUUUUGUACUGUAUCAGCACCUAGUUCAUUACUCUUGAUAGAGAGGGAGGAUCCGCCUUCUUAAAUUUCUUUUUCUAUUUAUUUUUCCAUCUAGGAUUAGAACCGUAUACUUGAUAAUAAUAGCAACGGCACAUUAUGGCAAAAAAGAGUUUGAUUCAGAGGGAGAAGAAGCGGCAGAAAUUAGAACAGAAAUAUCAUUUGAUUCGUCAAUCUUUAAAAAAAAAGAUAAGAAGCAAAGUUUCUCCCUUGAGUUUGAGUGAAAAAACGAAAAUGCGAGAAAAAUUGCAAUCCCUACCGCGUAAUAGUGCACCUACACGCCUUCAUCGACGUUGUUUUUUGACCGGAAGACCUAGAGCUAACUAUCGACAUUUUGGGCUAUCCGGACACGUACUUCGAGAAAUGGUUUAUGAAUGUUUAUUACCGGGUGCAACAAGAUCCAGUUGGUAAGGAUAAAAUACCCUUUCGUAUUUGUAUGGAUUUCUGGAAUUGAUAAUCAUAGAGGAGCCCUCUUUACCAUUCUGUAUAAAUGGACUAUUCUAUUUGUAUAGAUAUGGUAGAGGGACGUAUCGAACCCUCUUUUAUCCACUAGUUACCCCUCUUUAGUUUAAGAGUAUAGAGCAGUUUGGUAGCUCAUAAGUCUCAUAACCUUGGGGUUGCGGGUUCGAUUCCCACUACCGGCCCCAUACUCCUUCUUUAAUGAUAUAUGCAUGAUAUAUACAUCAUCCAUUUGUAUCUGGAUUUUUUGAUUUCCUAAAAGAGUUUUGGUCUAACAGUUUUUUCUCGGAAGAAGACAACAAAUAAAAGAAAGAAUAAAAGAAAGAAUAAAAUACGAAAGAAAAGCGUCCAUUGUCUAAUGGAUAGGACAGAGGUCUUCUAAACCUUUGGUAUAGGUUCAAAUCCUAUUGGACGCAAUCUUAUUUCUAUCUAUUCUUUAAAUAACUAUACUAAACUAAAAACAAAGAAAACUUUUUUGCAUGAUUCAAAUAACAAGAGUAGACAUGCAAAAUAACAAGAGUAGAUAUGCCAAAUUUAUUUGUUACUGAAGGGAAAACCGUUCCAGCUGUUCCUGAAUAGCUUCCUUCAAAAGGAUUUCCGCUUGCUCGGUGAAUGUCUUGCUAGAAGAUAUAAUUUCUUGGAAUUGAGGUUUAGUAUCUUUUAGGUGUUUACGUAACUCAUCCAGAAAUUUAUUUACCUGUUCGAUUUCUAACGAAUCAAGAUAUCCUCUUGUUCCGGUAUAAAUAGUAGCUAUCUGCUCUUCCACUGGGAGAGGAUUUGCCUGGGAUUGUUUAAGCAAUUCCCUUAAUCGUCGACCCCUUGCCAAUUGAUUCUGACUUGUUUUAUCGAGAGCAGAGGCGAAUUGUGCAAAGGCUUGUAACUCUGCGAAUUGAGCUAGUUCCAAUUUUGAUUUGCCAGCUACUUGUUUCAUGGCUUUAAUUUGAGCCGCGGAUCCUACUCUGGAAACAGAAAUACCCACAUUAAUAGCGGGUCGAAUUCCGGCAUUGAAUAGAUCCGCCGAUAAGAAUAUUUGUCCAUCUGUAAUGGAGAUUACAUUAGUAGGAAUAUAGGCGGAAACGUCUCCAGAUUGAGUCUCAACUAUUGGUAAAGCGGUCAUACUUCCUUCGCCUAAAAGAGAAUUUAAUUUAGCGGCUCUUUCUAAAAGGCGUGAAUGCAAAUAAAAAACAUCCCCUGGAUAAGCCUCACGGCCGGGAGGUCUUCUUAAUAGAAGGGACAUUUGGCGAUAAGCUUGUGCCUGUUUGGAGAGAUCAUCAUAAAUUAUUAAAGUAUGCCGUUCGCGGUACAUAAAAUACUCAGCCAGGGCUGCUCCCGUAUAAGGAGCGAGGUAUUGUAAUGUAGCAGGUGAAUCCGCCAUUUCAGCUACUACAAUAGUGUAUUCCAUGGCCCCCUCCUCAUGGAAAGUAGUUACUACUUGAGCUACGGAGGAUGCUCUUUGACCGAUAGCUACAUAAACACAUAUUACACCUUGCCCUUUUUGAUUGAGAAUUGUAUCUGUAGCUACUGCUGUUUUGCCAGUCUGUCUGUCCCCAAUAAUUAACUCUCGCUGACCGCGCCCUAUAGGAAUCAUCGAAUCGAUAGCAAUAAGCCCUGUUUGAAGAGGUUCGUAUACGGAACGCCUGGAAAUUAUACUUGGAGCAGGAGAUUCAAUUAAGCGAGAUUCGGAAGCUAUAAUUUCGCCUUUCCCAUCAAUAGGUUUAGCCAGAGCAUUUACAACACGACCCAAGUAAGCCUCACUCACGGGUAUCUGAGCAAUUCUUCCUGUUGCUUUUACAAAACUGCCCUCUUGUAUCAUCAACCCAUCGCCCAUUAAUACAAUCCCAACAUUUUUGGAUUCCAAAUUCAGAGCAAUACCCCUAGUACCUUCUGCAAAUUGGACUAAUUCACCCGACAUUAUUUCACCAAGACCUAUAAUACGAGCAAUCCCAUCCCCCACUUGAACUACGCGACCUAUAUUCUCAAUCCCUACUUUCCUAUUAUAUUGUUCAAUACGUUCGCGGAGAAUUUUAUGAAUUUCGUCGACUCGAAGGGUUGCCAUUAGUGUUUCUUGACUCUUUUUUCGAAAGCAAGGGGAAAAAUAAUGCCUAAAUUCUAAACGAAAGUAGAAGUUCAAGGCCUAAUUAAUUUAAUUAUCUCUUCCAUUCCAGGGACCCGAGAAUGCCAAUAUUAGCACGAAUCGUACGGAAAUGUAACUCGGUAUUCAAACAACUAUUCAGAGUUCCUAGAGCUCCUUGUACGGCCUGUUGGAAAACCCGCUGUCGGACCUGAUUCAUUGCCCUUUGUUUUUCAAAAUAAAGGGUUUCGUUUUUAGACUUUUCUAAUUGUUCCAAACUAAUAGAAGUAGCAUUAAUCAAAUUUGCUUUUUCUCGUUCUAUCUCAGAGUAUCCAUUCAUUCGAUACUCAUCCGCUUCUAGUUCGACUUUCUGUAAUCGAAUCCGAGCUUUUUCGAGUUGCUCAAUGGUCCCUCUACGCAAUUCUUCUGAAUUUCGAAUAGUACUCAAGAUCCUCUGUUUUCGAUUAUCUAAUAAAUCUUUUAAUGAAAGUAGAUUAUUUUGUAAGUUUACAACUUUUAUGAUCUCUUCCCGAACCAAACAUGAAUCUUUCGAUUCAUUUGGCUCUCACGCUCCUUUUUUUCUUUUUUUGCUAUAGCAAUUUCCAUAUCUUUUUUUAAGUAUAAGUAAUGAGCCUAUCCUCUAUCUUAUUUUUUAUGUUUAUAUUUCAAUAUACCGAAACCUAUAUAAGACUAGAUAAAUAUUAAGAGGACUCUUCCGCCUAGAUAAAAAUAUAUCAUGGUCAGCAAAGUUGUUUCUUUAUUUAUAUUUGCCCUUUAGUUAAUAAUUUCAAUUUCAUUAAGAAAAACUAACUAAAUAAAUGGAAAAUGAAAAUUAAUAGAAUUCUUUUUUUUUUUUCUUCAAAUCCAAAAAAUUUCUCUUUUUUAUACAUAGGUCGUCGAUUCGGCAUUGGUUAAAAAAGGGCAGGGUGCCCCUUCUUUUUUUUUCUAGUAAAUAGUUCAAACCAUUUUAUCGAUAUGAGUGUUCUAUAUCAGAUAAAUUUUACAUUAGCUAUUUCCCGUUUAAAUUCGGUACUAAUACUAAUAUAGUUGUAGAAAGAGUACCUCUUUUUGCCUGGACUUCAAGCAGUUUAGCUUUAACCGUGUUAAUGGUCUCACAUUCUUGGUUUAUAGAGAAUCAAAAUUGAUUUACCAAUGAGUCGCGAAAUGCUAUGGUUCUUCCAUAUGAUUUCUGAAUUUAUUCAGAAGUAAUUCGUCGAGAUCGUGCACCCUUUUCUUAUUUAUCCGAAAAAUACUAAAAAAUAUUCUAAAGUGCAGCCGGAUAGAUCCAAUCUAUUCUUGAAAUAGACAACUCGCACACACUCCCUUUCCAAAAAAAAUCAAAACACCAACCACUACAGUUAGAUUUAUUAGAUUUGUUGCUAAAAUAUCGGUAUUAAGCCCGAAACUGCCAGCGGAUGGCCAGUGAGCUAAAAAAACGAAAGAAUGGGUUACAUUUUUCAUAUGCUCUCCUCUUAUAGAUAGGACGAACAAAGAACAAAGUUUUUCGAUCACUUACUUCGCUCGCCCUUUUUUGAUCGGUUUUUUUAAUGCAAAUAGAUUCAAUCUAGUAAUUUCUUUUAGAUUAAGUCUUAGGUCUUGUUUGACCGGUGAAAGGCUUCCUUUGUUGAAAUGUUCCGUUCCCAAAAUUCCUAAAAUAAAAGGAAAAAACUUUCCACUUUCCUAAACUAAGGACGGGAAAUAAGAAGGCGAGCAUAUCUUCUAAAUUAAUCAUACUCAACUCAGCCCUUCCUAGAAUGCGGUAUUAUCUGUCCCGAUAAAUAGAUAAUUCCAGGAGUAAUAAAUAGGAGUAAAUUAAAUAAAGUAUUGAUAUAAUUGGAAUUGCGGAAGCAAAUACCAAUUUACUAAAAAAAGAAAAAAGUAUCUAAUCGAAAUCGAAAGAACUUUUUUUUUUAGGAUUAAACAAAAGGGUUCGCAAAUAAAAGCGCUAGUGCCACAACUAGUCCAUAAAUUGUUAAAGCUUCCAUAAAAGCUAGACUAAGCAAUAAAGUACCUCGUAUUUUACCUUCUGCUUCUGGCUGUCUCGCAAUACCUUCUACAGCUUGUCCUGCAGCAGUACCUUGACCAACUCCAGGUCCAAUAGAAGCAAGCCCUACGGCCAAUCCAGCAGCAAUAACAGAAGCAGCAGCAAUUAGUGGAUUCAUGGUGAGUAGUUCCUCGUGUCAAAAAAAAAGAAAUGGUUAAGGAUACAAUCAACCAAAAAAUUCUUACUUCUAAGCUCUAUUGGGGAGAAGUAAAGUAACUAAAAAGUACAAAUUGAAAUCAAAUUGAAAUGUGAAUUGUCCGAACUACAUAGAAGGGAAUUCUAUAUCCAUAUAUCGGAUUAGAUAAUGAAUCUAACCUAGGAAUAUAUAAUAUAAUAUCAAUAUCCUAUAUACAUUUGUUUCUUCUAUUUUGUUUGCAUAUUUUCUCAUUUUCUAUUGAAUCGGAUUCUAAAAUCAUUGCUUAAAGUGGAAACCCGCAUAAAAGAGGACUCCACUUAUAGAUAUUAAGGAUAUUUAUUAUAGUAUAGAUCUAGCCUGACUCCACCCUCCUUAAUGCAUAUAUACUUUGAAAAUUCCAUAAUAUAGUCUAUUCUAUUCUCUCUCCUACAACUCUAGGCUAUAUAUUCAUACGCAUUUCUAACUAUUGCAACCAAGCAGAUUAUCUGGAACCAUGCAUGAAUUGAGCUAAGCUGAAAAAAAAAAUACUAUAUUCCAAAACUAGUCAAUUCAAUGAUGACCCUCCAUGGAUUCACCUAUAUAGGCUGCGGCUAAUGUUGCAAAAAUAAGAGCUUGAAUACCGCUUGUAAAUAAUCCAAGAAACAUGACCGGUAUAGGGAUUACUAAGGGGACUAAAGAAACAAGAACAACAACGACUAAUUCAUCCGCCAAUAUAUUCCCGAAAAGUCGAAAGCUAAGCGAUAAUGGUUUUGUGAAAUCUUCUAGGAUGUUAAUUGGUAAAAGGAUUGGGGUUGGUUUAAUAUAUUUCUCGAAAUAGCUCAAUCCUUUUUUGCUAAGACCAGCAUAAAAAUAUGCCGCUGACGUGAGUAAAGCUAAAGCAACAGUAGUAUUUAUAUCAUUCGUGGGCGCUGCUAAUUCCCCAUGGGGUAACUCUAUAAUUUUCCAAGGUAAAAGAGCACCCGACCAAUUUGAAACAAAAAUAAAAAGGAACAUAGUUCCAAUAAAGGGAACCCAGGGACCAUAUUCUUCUCCAAUCUGAGUUUUGCUCAAGUCUCGAAUAAACUCAAGGACAUAUUCAAAAAAAUUCUGCCCGUCGGUCGGGAUGGUUUGUGGAUUCCGAACAGCUAUGACAACUGAACCUAGCAAGAUAGUAAUUACGACCCAAGAAGUGAUGAGUACCUGGGCAUGAAUUUGAAAACCUCCUAUUUGCCAAUAGAAGUGUUGGCCUACUUCUACACCCGAUAUAUCGUAUAACCCCUUGAGUGUUUUAAUGGAACAAGGUAUAAUAUUCAUAUUGUCCUCUGAUAAAAAUUGAACUUCAAAAAAGGAAUUCUUUUGAUUCAACCAUCUCUUUCUCAACUCAGCAACUUGAACUAUUAAUUUGAUAUUUAGGAUACCAAGAAAGCACAUCAGAUCAUAAUAUAUAUCAAUACCCUCUAAUAUAUAUCAAUAUUCCCCUUCUUUUUUCUAUGCAAAACAAAUUCUAUGCAAAAAAAGAUAUAGUAAGUCAUUCCAUAAAUCUACGCAGUUGUCCAAGAAUUCACUAUAUAUUCUUAAUCAACGAUUUCUUAUAUAGAGAGAACGGCCCUCACAAAUUGAAAAUACUAAUUUGUUAAGAAUCAAUCGAAUUGAAGUCAUAGUGUCAUCGUUGGCUGGAAUCGAUAUAUUCGCGAGAUCCGGGUCACAAUUUGUAUCGACUAAAGAAAUAGUAGGAAUUCCCAAAAUGGCACAUUCCCGAAGAGCUAUAUACUCUUUUUGCUGAUCAAGGACGAUCACAAUGUCUGGCAAUCUCGUCAUAUAUUUGAUCCCGCCGAGAUACCUUUGUAAGGUAGAUAAUUUUCUCUUCAAGAUUGCCACAUCUCUUUUUGGGAGAUGGUGGAAUUUUCCCAUUUUUUCUUCCGCUCUUAAGUCUCUAAAUUGAGAAAGUCUAGUUUUCGUAAUCGACCAAUUCGUUAACAUACCACUGAACCACUUUUUAUUAACAUAAUGACAACGAGCCCUUAUUGCAGCUGAUGCUACUAAAUCUGUUGCUCUUUUUUUGGUACCAACAAUUAAGAAACUUUUUCCCUGACUUGCUGCAUCAAAAACUAAAUCACAAGCUUCUGAUAAAAAACGGGCCGUUCUAGCGAGAUUUAUAAUAUGAGUACCUUUACGCUUUGCCGAAAUGUAAGGGGCCAUUUUAGGAUUCCAUUUCUUAAUACCAUGACCAAAAUGAACUCCUGCUUCUAUCAUCUCUUUCAAAUUAAUGUUCCAAUAUCUUCUUGUCAUUUUUUCCACACUUCCUUUUUUUUUCAUCCUAACAUUCCAUUACGGAAUUUAUUUCUUUUUGAAGAUUAAGAAAGAUCCGAAAUAGCUUGAAAUAAAUAAAAUAAUAAUUGUUCUGAGAGAACCUUGUACUAAGAGUUGGCCAUUGAUACAUUGAUACAUGGUAUAAACAAAACCUUAAUUUAAUGAAUUAACUGACUUGUUUUACUUAUUAAAAUAAAAAUCUUAAAAAUCUAAAAUUUAACCUGUUAGUGUUCUAAGUUCAAAAGUCUAGUAAAGUAAAAAAUAUGUUUUAUGUAUCCUUAGGGUUAAAUGUUAAAUGGGGGUUUUUAUGUCUCAUAAAAAUUGUUUGUUACGUCAGAAUCUGAAGAAACUAAUUCUGUAUGGAGAAACAAAAAAUCUCUCAUUUCCGACGCGAAUAGAUUUUUUUUUUUUAUUUCGAAAUAAAGGUUCUUGUCUUGUGGGGAACGAUGCACAAAUUUUUGGAAUCCGGUACCAACAGGUAUAAUCCCCCCCAGAACUACGUUUUCUUUCAAGCCUUUCAACCAAUCAAUGCGACCUCGUAGGGCAGCUUUUGCUAAAACUCGAGCAGUUUCUUGAAAACUUGCUUCAGAUAUGAAACUUUGGGUAUUCAGGGAAGCCCUUGUUAUUCCCAAUAAGAUUGCCCGAUAAUAGAUCGAUUCAUCCAAAGCUCGCCCUGCUCGUUCCGCUCGCAAUAGUCCGAUUAAUUCCCCAGGCGAAAAAACAUUAGACAUUCCAUCUUCGGAAACCCGCACUUUUGAUGUUACUUGGCGUAUAAUAAUCUCUAUAUGUCUAUUAUGGAUCUGUACCCCUUGGGAUCGAUAAACCUUUUGGAUUUUAUUAACCAAAGAAAUACGACUUUGGGCUAUGGUUAGCUCAGCUCCAAUCAAGAAUCCCCAAGGGACCCCAAGAAUUCUUGGUAUACGCUCAUUCCAAUCCUCAAUUCUCCUUUCGAGAUUGGGGGAUAAUGAAUCAAUUGAACGCGCUUCAAAGAUUUGUUCCACUUUUGGAAGACCUUGCGUUAUGUCACUAGAUCUCGAUUUUUCAUAUAUAAACGUAACUAACCUAUCUCCCUUGUAAAGGAUUUCUCCAUAAUGACCAUUAACAGUUGCUCCUGUAGUGGCCAAAUAAGGUUUAGCUGCUCUUAUAACAAAGGAAUCCAUAUUUACACUGAAAAUUUGACCAGAUUUUUUUAUGUGCGAUUUAAAUAGACAUACAUUUUCACAAAUAAAUUGUCCAAGGUGAAUUAUUGCCAAUGUCUCUUCCCAAGAAUCAUGAUGGACAAAGUGACAAUUCAAAAGGAAUGGAUCCAACAUUAUGUUACUAUCGAAAUUGGAAAUCCUUUUAUUUUCAUCUAUUAAAGAGUAUUUAAGUUCUUGAAGUACUUGGAAGGUUUGUUUCAAAUUGUCAACGAACAAAUAUUUUUUUAGCAGGAUUUUAUUAUGCGUUAGUAAAUAGUAAGAUGAAGAAAAAUGCGAUAUACUAGCUACAAUAGCCCCUAAGGGCCCAAAAAUUUCUAGAAUAGGAAUUCUAGGAUUCCAUUCUUUUAUCGCAUUGGGAUGUUUUGAAUUCUUGAAUAAACCAAUUCGAGAACAGUUGGAUGCCGACAAAAUCAUCAAAGAUUGGUAUUCUUUAUUUCGAUUCAACAAAGUGCCAAUAGCUUCUUGAUGUUGGCUAAGUGAUUCAAUCUUCGCCUUGGAAUAAAAAGAAUUGCUAUUGGCGCGAUCUAACCUAUUAUGGGGAGUCGGUCCUCCACUUGUCCUAUCAUACCUUUUUCGUGUAUACGAAAUAGUGGACUUGACUAACUCAAUUCUUAGGAAAUCGCGAAUAAGAUCAUUUGCUCUUACCUCAACAAGGGAAGCACCAGCCUUUUCUUUUUCUUCUUGUUCCCAAUUCACUACUAAGCAAGUUCUAACAAAUUGACUAUUUGUGUGAUAAAUUCUUUGAGUUAACUUGCUAUUUUCAUGAUAAAUAAAAUUGACAAGUCGAAUUUGGAGAUUAUUUUCUUCUUGCAAGAGAUCCUGCGGGAAAAGUGUUGCUAAAUUUCUUCCUUCGUCCAUUUCAUAUGCCACUGUAGGGCGAACGGAAACAAAAUACUUUUCCUUGCUCUUGAGAAUUUUUUUCCGUUGAACAUAGACCCAAUUUUUCUUUUUUUUUGAUUCCUUAGAAUCUUUUUUUUGUCUUUCUGGCGGUAUCAAACACCCACCUAAUAUCUUAUCUGCCUCUUCAGGAAAAUGAAUAUCUCCGGAAAAUAUUUUGAGUUCCGUAUGGCUUUUUUUUCUCUUCACUCGGACCAGUCCGCCUAGUCCACUUCUUGUAUUUUUUGUGAGUUGUGUAUCCACUCCAAUAAUACUAUUGUCAAGUAUCUUUAGGGAUGAAGAUCUCGGCAAGAUAUGAAGUUCUUGAAGAAUGAAAAAAAACCGAUCUACUUCUUUUUGGUAUUUUAGACUAAAUUCUUUUGUUCCUCGAUGCUCAAUCAAACCCUCUU